AUGGCCAACUCCGUAUCAAUUCCCUCUCUCGCCAGCAAUGCCUCCCUCUCCGUCACGCUUGGGUGUUGGGAGCAAAGUCCACCCCACGAACCCCAGAUGACGCCGAUUACAUACGUAGAAUGCAAACAGGCUAUCCGUGGCAUACCGAUGGGCGAAAAAGCCCUCGCACCAGUUUCAUUCGGCAGAGACCCUGGAACAGGCUUCACAGUACCACACACUUGGGAUUACGGCAGUUGCGCCGUGGAAAUCGACGUUUUGCGAGAGGCCGACAAGGAGAAGUCAACUUUCGCGGCUAUCUUCAAGAGGGCGUUCGACAUUGCGGUUGAGUGCGUUGUGAAACCGCCGCAUUUGGGAGGAAGAGGGUUGGUGGGGGAGAACGAGCAGCUCAAGGUUUGGAUAUAUGGGGUUGAUCCGAAGGUGUCUUCGCCGGGCCUGGCAGAAUCCAAUCUCAGCGUCUGGGUAGAUGCGUCUUGA